AUGGGUUGUGGUUCUGAGCAUUUUUCCAUGAUCUUCAUCAUCACCCUCUUGAUGCUCCUAUCAUCACAAAGCACCCUCAUUUUGACUGUGGCGGGUUCUCUGUUGAAUGCAGUUGGAAACUUCCAAGUUCGUGGCCUACCAGAGAUGUAUUUCAUUCAAGAGAAUGAUGAAAAGGAGAUUAAGAAAAUCUCAGGACGGGAUGAGAAUGAAGAGAAGCAAGGUUUGAUAGUGGACAAGUUUAGAUCCUUGCUUGGACUCAAGAGUUUCCACACCAAAGUACCGUCUAAUGGUGACUUGGACUUUCUCUCUCCCUCACCUUGUCCAGCACCCCUCAUGGAAGAAGCUCAGGCUCCACCUCCUUCUCCUUCUCCACUUCCACACGUGCACCUUCAUUCCCAUCAUCCACGGCAUCAUAAGAAUCCACCGCUUCACCAAACUCAUCAAGAAGAUAGAGGCAAGGCCAAAAGAAUACUAAUAGCUGUUCUUGUAUCUGCCGGGGUUGCUACGUUGAUUGGUGCUUGUGGAUUAUUCUUGGUGUGGAGGAAAUUCUCAAAUCACACAAAGAAACGCAAAAGAACAAUGCCACUAUAUAGCAAGAGCAAGGGAAGUGGAGGUACUUAUCAAAGUUCAUCAAGCAAGGUGAGUUUAAACUCAGGAGUAGAUCUGUUUUAUCUUAAUGCUUUAGGCGAGGACAUAGAGCAACACGCUUGCACCUUGAAAAAGACUUGCAAGGAUGGUUUAGAGUAUGAUAAUGUCAACGGUUCUUCCACGAAGGAAAUUGCAUCUGUUCAUGAAGAUGCAGAAUCAGUGAAAGGUGAAGCUGAAUCUGAUGGCGGCAACUCUUCUUCUGGGGAUAAGAUUAUCCCUGAAGAUUGCCAUUCAUCAGACGAUGAAAGUUUUCAUUCCUUUGUCGAUUCGCACUCAAAUAAUAGACUUUCCAAUGCUUCAGCUUGUAGCCUUAGUGACACAAACUCUCUGUCCCGUCAAAAUUCAAGUUCAAUACCAAACCAAUUCCCCAGCUCUCCACAUAACUCAAUCUCAAGUAAACAAUCUCACCAACCAUCAAAUAGUGAAAAACAUGAAGAGAAAGAGACUGAGACCACUCACCAAUGUUCAAAAAUAUUUACUUCCCCUCCUCCACCUCCUCCUCCUCCUCCUCCUCCUCCUCCUCCACCACCACCACCUCCACCAAUGCAAAUGCCAUUAUUUUCUUUGCAUUCUCUCAAUUCUUCUAGAGUCUCCUCUCAUUCCCCACUUUCUUUGACAUCUAAUAAUUUAUCAUCUCCGGUAAAUUCGGACACUUCCUCAAGUUCAAAUCAAAGUCCAGAAAAGGAGUUGCCUUCUACACCCGAACCCUACCCUACACAUUCUCCUCCCAAGAUCCCUCCACCACCAUGCCCACCUCCAUUUCUUAAAGGAAAUAUUAACAGUGCCAAAACCCCACCUCCUCCACCAUCUCAACUCCCUCAAUUUACCCCACUUGGUAAAGAUGGUGCACCAUUGCCAAAACUAAAACCUCUUCACUGGGAUAAAGUAAGAGCCGCACCAAAUCGCACAAUGGUUUGGGAUAAACUACGAUCAAGCUCAUUCGAGUAA